CAACAACCUUUUAUCCUCGUCUCUGAGUUCAACCGAUCUUCCUUUCUAGUCUCCCUGUAGACCGCAGUGGUAUUGAUACACAAUGCCGCGAGUGUACGAGUUCCGUGGCAACGACCGUAAUAACCGACGGUCGCAUCCCAAACAUGAAUUCACCUUUCGGCGGCCUUUCGGUACAUCCGAGCGGCCGCUGUUGCGAUCGAAAACAGACACGACCACGGAGUUCCUUAUUGGACCUAAACUUGGUGAAGAGAAGCUACCAUUGAAAUUCGCUCCUGUUGACGAACUGAGUGAUAGCGAUGAGGCGGAGAUGGACUUGUCGACAGACGAUGAAGGUACCUCUCAUCCUCGCAAGAAGCGCGCUCUGGAUACUGGAGAUGGUGCUCCUGUUCCUCCACCCCCAAAGUGGUCGAACCCGGACCCCUACACUGUCCUUCCGCCUCCUGAUGAGAGUCGCGCGAAGAGAGUCGAUGUCGUUAAACUUAUCCGCAAGGCAAGGGUUGAAGCGGCCCAGAAGAAGCCUGCUGAAGGAGAUGCCGUGGCGGAUAACGAGGAUUUCAUAUCAUUUGAUUCCAUUGAGGAAGCUGCUGGAACCAAGGCGCCAGAGGGCGCACCAACAGGCCCAAAACAUGAUUCACAGUGGAAAGAGCUGAAAGAUGUUGCGUUGGCAAGUCGCAAGAGGACAUAUGACGACGAGAUCAAAGGAUAUUCUAAGAAAAUAGGGAGACCUCUCAGUAGAUUUUAUACUGACGCCUCAAUACUUGACGAGUGGAGGAAGCGUUCGGAUCAAUCUGGAACUCCCUGGUUUGAUCAUACUGAACCAACGUUGCAUUUGGGUACAAGGUUGCACAACGAGAUUAUUAGCUUUUACAAUUGGGUUAAGCCGCAGCCGUAUGAACAAAUCGUUCGAGCUGAUCUGGUAUCGAGACUUCAGUCUGCUUUCCAAAACAGAUAUUACGGGGCGCAACUUAAGCCGUUCGGCUCCUUCGCCAGCGGACUGUAUCUUCCCACGGCAGAUAUAGAUCUCGUUCUUCUCUCAACAAAUUUCAUGCGUACUGGGACGAAGACUUUCGGGCAGCGAAAGGGCCAAAUAUACGCAUUUGCUGCUUUCCUCAAGGGUCUUGACAUAGCAGUUCCCAACUCAAUCGAAACUAUAGCACAUGCUAGAGUGCCCAUCCUGAAGUUCGUGGAUAAGCUGACAGGUUUGAGAGUUGAUUUGUCUUUUGACAAUGACAGCGGUCUCCUUGCCAAUGACACCUUCCAGCGCUGGAAGUCUGAGUUCCCUGCAAUGCCUCUCAUUGUUUCUAUUAUCAAACAGUUUUUGCUGCUCCGAGGUCUGAAUGAAGUUCCGACAGGUGGUUUGGGGGGAUUCUCCAUCACCUGUCUUGUCACAAGCCUCCUCCAGCACUUGCCACAUGGCCAUGCUGAGCCAAAUCUUGGCGGCAUUCUCAUGGACUUCUUUGACUUUUAUGGUCAUAGUCUCGAUUAUGAGAGUGUUGGGAUACGGAUGAACCCGCCAGGCUAUUUCAACAAGAGAGUGUUCAGAUCUCUUAAGGAAAAUAAUAACGCCCGUCUCUCAAUCGAGGAUCCAAAUAAUCCAGAUAAUGACAUAUCUGGCGGCACCAGGGAGAUUGCAUUGAUCCUCAGGUCUUUCUCUGAUGCUUUCUUCCUUCUCAAGGAGCGCAUGACUUUUACAGUGAUGGCAGAAUUAGCCAGGGGGAGCCUCCUGGGUUCGAUUCUUGCCGCGAACUAUGACGAAUAUGCGCAUCAAAGGCAGCAGCUACGUGAAGUAUUUGAGACUCAUCCUAGGUUUGCCCACUAUCGCCAGCCCCCGCCGCCACCCCCAUCUCUCCCCGAACAACCUCAUCCUCCGCCGCCGCCAUCCGCCCCUCCUGUUUCUGCCCCACCGUCACGACAGAACUCGAAGGAGAAACCGAGUAAAUUACAACGCAAGCAACAAGCGUCCCGAGAACGUGCCGCUCGUCUACGGCGCCUGCGGCCUGAUAUACCUUCUGUGCCAGAAUCCAUAACCAAUGAGCAUUGCUUGACCCUUGGGGGCUACAAGUCUCAAUCUGAAAUGGACAGAGAUCUCAUUGCAAGAGAGAAAGAGCUGCAAUCAGCUAUUUAGGAUUGAUAUAGUCCUUGUAUACGGACUGUGCUGUUUGUGCGCUUCCAUGCUCAGAACCUUUUCUAGCGCAACCCGGCCUUUUUGCUUUGACGUCCACUCUCCCCCAAUUAGGGUUUUUGUUGUUGUUGUUGUUGUUGUUGUUGUUGUUGUUGUUGUUGUUGUUGUUGUUGUUGUUGUUGUUGUUGUUUUUCUUAUUUUUAGCGUGAGAUACCCAGGUUUAUGGGCAGAUGAGCUUAUCCCGGCAUAUUCUUUCCCCCAUGGUUAUUUAUCGACUUGUACAGGAUUCCUAUUAUUUUUGUGGUCACUGUCGUUUCGUUACGCUUGUCGGUGUUCUUGCCAAAAUCUGCGCACUGGGAGUUCUUUCAUGCUCUCAGCCCGCCGAGGACUAGGUGCAAAUGAUUCAAUGGCGUCAGUUCAAGAGAUGGGGUGUUACGGUUCUUCUAAUGGGGAUUCAAAACGUUUUCAUGUCUUUGGGGGUUUCCUUUCCCCCUUGCCCCUUUCUGGCUGUUUUUCUUUACAUCCUCAUACCGGAUCCAACUGUCUCCCUCCAUGAUCAUACUAAUUCUUCGAGUGGGACUAUGCGGUUCCUGACCUAUUCGUAUGCUACUAAAACGAUUCUUUAGGAAACAGUUUACCUGCCACUUCUACGCUUCGGAGUUCACAUACACGUCGGUGAAUGGAGCUAGCCGUCUGCGUCCGAUGUGGCUGGCUAAUUCAGCAAGGAGAAUUGAUAUAAAAAAUGAAUCAUCCGUUCGGUCCUUCCAUUGCAAAUUCUUUUUCAUCCUCCUUCUCACCAAGGGAGCGCUAUAUGCGAUCGCUUGGAGAGGAUGGGAUGUGAUAUGAUGAGCAGUGGGGGGAGCGUUUGCCGUCAUUGCCAAUUAUGCAGGAAUCCGGUGCAUCCACACAGCUUCAUCAGGCGUGCAUAGGAUUCUUUGGAAAUAAUCUGUGGAAAACUAUCUAAUACGUUCUAUCUAGUUGCAUGUCUAUUCUAGAAAGAAAGCAUUCAUGAGACUCCAGUCAUGCAAUGUCAGCCGUCAAGUCCCGCAGUGAAAUAUGUUCAGGUGAAAGGUAAUUGACAAAAUCAGGGGAUGGACUGGACCAGGCGUAGUCGGUCCAUGCUGGGCCAAGAACGGAGCGAAUGCCUUGUGCCAGGCCUAGGAUGCGGGUGUGUUCUUGCUGUUGGACCUCGUCGUCCAAGCCGUUGACGACGCUGCGCCAAACCCGCAAUGUUUCAUGCAGUUCGUCUAGAUUACUCACGCCCAUGACGCUGACACCUAGCCUCUCUCCGGCAGCAGCGUCAUCAGAGGAUGAGUUGGAGAGAGUAGGACCCAUUCCACCGGCCUUGGCACCGUCGCGAAGCCAUGAUCCAAGCGCAAACCGAAUAGCAAUUACCUCGAUUUUCUCCUCCCCUCCACCCUGCUUAUCAACCCACUCACUCGCCCUUCGCACAGCAUCCCUCAACCCAUCAGGCGCAGGAUGGAAAUCCCCCAUAGCCCCGAUAGGGACACCGGUGCGUCGUAGCAACCCCAUACCCAGAAGCGACGCAUUAGGCACCACAUCCACCCCAGCAGCAAGCAGUGGUUCCAACCCCACCUUCGAAAGCCUGGCAUUUUGCACCGUAAAAUUCGCAUACGACAUCACCGCAUCUAACGGCUCCCCCGUUUCCCGUAAAACCAUAUGCGCCAGCUUCACCAGCACGUCAACAGGGUACCCCGAGAUCCCGACAUAGCGGAUGCACUGCGAGGAGUCCCGAAUGCGUCGUAGUUCCUUCACGGCCUCCAGAACCUCCUCCGCUGAAACAAACUCGACAUCAUGGCAGUACACCACGUCCAGGUAAUCGGUGUGUAAUCUCGAGAGACUUCGACGGAUGCUCUUCCGGAUCCAAGACGGUGAGUAAUCAAAGGAGGAGCUUGCGAUCCGCCCGACUUUCGUGAGUAGUUGGUACGAUGAUCGGGGGUAUUUGGUGCGCACGUAAUCCGUCGAUAGGGCGUGGCCUAGGAGUUCUUCGGCGGGACCGUAGUAAGGGGAUGUGUCGAAGGCGCGGAUGCCGUUGUCGAAGGCUUGCUGGACAAGUUCUGUUGUCGGGAGCGCGUAGGGAUCCUUGUUGUAUUGGGCGUUGAAGGUCGCUGUGCCCAUUAUCAGAGGGGGGAGGGUUGCCGAGAGGGGUAUUUUGGGCUUUGGCAUUUUGGUGAUUUUUCUCCUUUCCCCCCUUUGUCCCCUGUCUUUCUAAUCCUGAUCUUUUCUUGGAGCCAAGAGGUGAAGAAGAGGAAAGGGAAC